AACACUGAUUACAAUAAUGAAUGUUUAAGAGAAAUACCUUAAAUGCCGAUAUCAUCAAGGGAAAAAUACAACAAAAACUGCGAGUGCUUUACUUAACUUUAUUACUGAAAAUGGGCGAAUGAUAUUGGAUUUGUUUAAAAAUACUUUUUGUUUUGGGAAAGACGAUUUAAGAUAUUUGACUCGGUGUUUAUAAAAUAGGUAAGUUACAUAUAUAAUGUUAAUUAGUCGCCACAGUACUUUCAUUACAUUCACAAUGCAGACUGGAGUUAUAAUUUUUGUCAUCAAUAUUCUACUUAUUGAAGGGAGAAUGAUACUGACUAAGUACGAGGCGGAAGCAUCAACGAUUGAUCAAGAAUCAAAUCCUCUGUCGAUGACAAAUUUCGAUAAAUCACAGGAAAGAUUUACAGAAUUCAAAUCAUUGGACCGUGAGGAAAACGAUAGUUCUUACGAAACUGAGUACGACAGGAAAACGGAUGAGAAAAUAAAAAAGCCAUGCUCCAUGGUGGUGUUAUCUCACAUCCAAAACCCGAGUUUGCAGUCAUUAUUGAGAAAGUAUCGAUACGAUGCAAAUGGCAUCCUGAUACCGAGUAGCGUGAAGUACUUCAUCAAGAUGCCACAAGGUUUAAAGUCCUCACCGCUCCUAGUGCCGUUAAACGAUAAGUCGUAUUCACCACUGGGCAGUUUCGUAAGAUAUUAUAAGGAAGUGCCGCCGAUUCCGCAAGCUUGGUAAAUGAUACAAUAAUUAUCGUUAUAAAACCCAUUUUGUAUUUAGUAUAGGAUGAAUAAACUUGAAAUCUCAA